AUUUUAACACCUCCUACUUGACUGUGUGCGGCAGGCUGAGCUGUUACCUAGUUACAAGCCAGAGACCUGCGCUACUGUUAUAAUGUAGCGUCGCUGACUCUCAGCGUAUCAGUCGGUCCGGGAGCAGACGGAGGAGAAACUCAGCGAGAAAACACACACAGAGCAGGGGAGCAGACUGUUUCACAGCCGAGGAUGAAAAUGCAACGCAUCCUGACGGGGAAUAGGUGAAGGGAAGCGGCUCCUCUCGCGUUGUUUCAGCACCACAGCCUAAAGCAUUGGACGAGACCGGGCUGUGAGAGAGAAAAGUCCGCGUGGAAAGAACAGAUGGGUGCAAGCUGAGACAGCAGAAGGACAAAGCAAGAGGCGCGCCGCUCGCGGGUGACAUGUCGCUUCCUGGACUGGAGAUGACAGAUGAGAUGUGGGAAAACAGCAGCUCCGCCAGCCCCACGCCCGGCCCCCCGCUGUUUCUGCUCAUGCUCAACCACAGCGACCUGAACGAGACGCUGUUCAACUCCACCAACUCCACCGUCCCUGACGUCCCUUCGGGUCCCAGCGUGGCGGGGAUCCUCAUCCCACUCAUCUACAUCAUUGUUUGUAUCAUCGGUCUGGGCGGGAACACCUUAGUCAUCCACAUAGUGCUGCACUACUCGAAGAUAGAAUCGGUGACCAACAUCUACAUCCUGAACUUAGCCAUCGCCGACGAGCUCUUCAUGCUGGGCCUGCCCUUCCUGGCAGUGCAGAACACCCUGCAGACGUGGCCCUUUGGCUCCUUCAUGUGCCGCCUGGUCAUGACCGUCGACUCCAUCAACCAGUUCACCAGCAUCUUCUGCCUCACGGUGAUGAGCAUCGACCGCUACCUCGCCGUGGUCCACCCCAUUCGCUCCUCCAAGUGGCGGCGCCCCCAGGUGGCCAAGGUGGUGAACGGCACCGUGUGGGCCCUGUCGUUCCUCGUGGUGCUGCCGGUGGUGAUCUUUGCCAACAUCCAGAAGAUGGGAGGCAUGUGCAACAUCGCCUGGCCUCAGCCGGCCAACAUCUGGCAGGCGGCUUUCAUCAUCUACACCUCCACCGUGGGAUUCUUCUGCCCCCUUCUGAUCAUCUGCCUCUGCUACCUGCUCAUUGUCUUCAAGAUUCGCAGCUCGGGCAAAAAGGUCCACGCCACCUCAACCAAGAGGAGGAAGUCAGAGCGGAAGGUCACGCGCAUGGUGGUGAUUGUGGUGGCCGUGUUUGUCUUCUGCUGGCUGCCUUUCUACGCCCUGAACAUCAUCAACCUGCUGGUGUCCCUCCCCCCGGAGUACAAGGGCCUUUAUUACUUCGUGGUGGUGCUGGGCUACGCCAACAGCUGCGCCAACCCCAUCGUCUACGGCUUCCUGUCGGACAACUUCAAGAGGGGCUUCCGCAAGGCGCUGUGCCGCUCCACGAGGAGGGUGGAGAACCACGACCCCAUGGAGCGCCAGCAGCAGCAGGACGAGGGCCGGAGGGCGCUCAUGCCCCGGGAGAGCCUGAGGCGGGUGAUCCGGGACGAAGAGGACGACGACGAGGAGGAUGUCUCCGAAAUGACUCAGAUCUACAGAAUCGCCCAGAACGGCAACAGCGGCUUCCAGCCGGAGAGCUCGCAGCCGCUGUUCUCCGAGAAGGGCGCCGCCCCGGGAGCGAGGGAUCUGCCCUCGCCGGACGCCAAGGACAAAGCAGAGGAGGCGAGGGGGAGCGAUGCGGCCAACGGGGCCACGCUGACGGUCCCCUUGCUUCUCAACGGGGCCAGAAAUGGCAGCGUUAAAACCUUGCCGGAGGAAAACACGGAGCAGAGCACGUCGCUGGAGAUCAGUUACUUAUAAUGUGAUACAUGGACAACAAUGCGUUGGUCAUGAUGGGAAACCCUGGUGGGGAACUUUAAGACCAGACCUUUAAGAUGUUUGUUUAGCAUUGGAAGCAGUUGCUAGUCCAUUAGCAGCAGGUGUAACGUGUACAGUUCGGCACGGCUAAAUGUACAGAUCUGUGCCUUUACUCAACAUUCUAAUGUGUCUUGUUUAUCGUCGUGUUCUCUUUAUGUCAUAAUGUAACAAAUGCUGCCUCAAGGUUGGCUGUAGUGAAAAUAGGUUACAAAUAAAUGCAUACAGUAGAGAGAUGACUGUUUUUUCUGUGCUCACAGGCCUUUGAAUACCAACAUUUUGACUGUCAGUGAAUUUUCGUGGUUAAAAGGAUUUGCAGCUAUUUUUACAGGCAGAUCAAAAGUCUAGUGAUUGUUCUUUGUGAUGUUUGUCCGACGUGGAUGCCACAGGACCUGAUCAGCUGUAGCAAGUAAUAAAGAGAAAACGUCUUCUAACCCAG